CAACGAAACAAAGAAUCUUAAUCGACGACAAUGGCGGAGGAGAACAACACUACCUCAUCGUCGGCGGGGAAGAAACCGACGCCGGAGAUCGGAUCGGGUUCUGGUAAAAGAAUUCCGUAUUAUAACCCACCGGAGUCGGUGAAUCCGGAUCAGGCGACGCUAAGGGAGCAGUGGAAGUUCGCGAUUCGGCAGUAUAGCAAAUGGUACUCUCACGCUUGGGGAACCGCGAUUCUCGCCGGAGGACUCUUCUUUGGACUCGGUUGGAUCAUCAAGGGCUCUAAUCCUCUUCCUUCUCUUCAAUCGAGUUCUAAGCCACCUCCUCCUGGACGCGAUGAAGACAAAUGAAUGAUUCUGUGUCUGCGUUUUUUACUGGUUGUGGAAAGCAGGAUGAGAGGCGUGAUGGGGCAUCAACAAUGGCACAUCUUCAUCAUACAUUACGAAGAACAUCGAUCGUUUAUCGUGCGAAGUAGAGAGAGCAUAAGGCAAGAGAUAGUAGAGUUUUAACAAAACAGAAGAAAACUUUAGUGUGAGCUUUGUUUGUUUGAUAAUUCCAAGAAUGUAUACAAAUUUGCAGGAAAUUAAUAAUAAUGUUGCUUUU